UGGACCAUGGGGCUGAGUCUGGGCAUGGGGGGGCAGGGAGCAGCUCUGUGUGCUUAGCUUGGUUGGCCUGUGGUUGAUGCUGCCACUGGUGGAGAGCAUGUUAGAUGUAUGUUAGAUGAUGAGGAGGGAGAGGGGGAAGGAGGCAUUCUUUCAUUGCUGGGCCCCAAGCCUGCCCUCCUCCCUGCCCUGGAAUCCCACCCCGCCCCAUAUUUUCUGGCCAGGCCACCCCUCCUGAAAGCCAUGGGCCCAGCUGGAACCUACUGCCUCACCUGCCCCUGGGGGAGGGGUGUUUGCCCGUUGCCAGGCGCCCAGGUUCCGGCCCCUAGUACUUGCAGCAGCCAUGCUGCACACACAGUCCUUCCUGCCAUGGCUGCUUCUGCUAGCAAUGCCUGUCUGCGCCCACACCUGGUCACGGCCCCUGUGGUACCAGGUGGGGCUGGACUUACAGCCCUGGGGGUGCCAGCCAAACAGCCUGGAGGGUUGCAAGGACAGCCUGGGUUCUUCUGGCCAUUGGAUGGGCCUGGGGGUGAACUGCAUCUACCCAGUGGCUGGGGUCACCGUUGCCACUACCAUGGUGCUGAUGCUCAGCCAUGUGGUGAUGCAAUGGCGGCGCUCACAGGCCACUAAGAGUGAGCAUCUGCAGGUGACGGCUAACCCCUGUGCACCCUGGAAACGACGGGCCCCGAUCUCAGACCGUACUCUAGUCCUUGGGGUCCUGCAUAUGCUGGAUGCCCUCCUGGUCCAUAUUGAGGGCUAUCUGCAGCGUCUAGCCACCCAGCAGCGAACCCAAAUAAAGGGGACUCCUGCCCAGAGCGGGUGACCCAACAUACUCCUCUCUUUGCCUGGUGGCCUGUUGGGGUGGGGAUGGCCUGAGGCUCUGGGCCAGGCUCAGGCCUGUGUGUCUUAUUCUCUCCAGGCCUGUCUGGACCCUGUGCCCCUUUUCUACUUUUAGAGCCAGCACACCCAUCGAGGCCUCGGUGCCCAUUGAUGGCUGGGCAGAUGGGGCCCGGGCUGGCUCACACUGCUCCAUUGCCCACACCAGCUGACCCCCUCCUCUCUAGGGAUCCCACUCAUAAAUACAAUUGCUCCUCUGGGGCUCCUCAGGGGCCCCCAGUGUGGUGGGAGAAGACUUGGCCAAAAGGGCAGAUGUGGGUGGUCCAGAGAGGGCAGCCCAGAGGUGACCACCUGGCUGAGUCAGGAGCUAGAGCUCCUGGUUGAGCCUGUGGGGCCUGAGCUGGGGCUGGGGGUAGAGGGAGGGCCCUGGCUGCCUUCAUCUUUGUGACAUCUCAAACAU